AUAUUUGUUCAAGUUCUUAUAACCAUGGUCUCUAUAAAAAGUUCUCCCUCUCAGGGGGUGAUCCUUCACCAAAAAUAUUGUGCAGGUCUUAGAUUAUCCCGGGGCUGAGGACGGGUCGAGAGCAAUGGAUGCACCCGAAGCAGCGGGCAGUUAAGCAGAGCGUCGAGGGUGCUCUGUAAGAGCGACCUUUCAGUCUUAUGGAACAAUUCGUCGCCCAAAAAAUUAAAAAAACCGGCCAGUCGUCGCUCAACUACUGUUUGUUAAUAUCAAUAUUUACUCGUUUUAUAUCAAUGCAACACAAGAUCAUAUGAAAUAUGUACCAUGAACAGUCCACAGAGUGCAUAACAUAUAACCUAAAUGUCCACCACAAAUUAUACACUAAUUCCACCUGCUCUCUAAUCGUAGCCUCGAAUAUUUCUGUGCAGUUUUGUGGUGUAUGGUGUCGUUUGAUGGUAAAUCGAUUGAAAUCUGUCUCAAAAUGGAAGAAAGAUGUAAAUUGGAACUGAAAUCAUCAUAUCUAAAAUGUUUUGAUGAAGGAUCUACUACCACUAACCUAAUAAAUAAUAUUCUGGAAAAGCAUAAAAGUUUACUGGAUAAUAUUGAUUUUUACAACUCACAGCAAGACCUUUACAAACGAAAGGUUAUUCUUGAAUCAACCAAGUUAAAUUAUCAGUUAUUCAACAAGUUGUUUUCAAUAAAUGUGGAACUGGAGUCUUUUUGGAAGAGUUGCAUAGAGCAUUCACUUAAGACUAUUGCAGAUCAAGUUCUUAAUUUUGAAGCAUGUGGUGAUGCACUUUCCACCAGUUCUGAACCAAUACAUAGAUUCACAUCCUCUGUUACUACUGGUGACCCAAUCGAAUUUAAAUCUGAAUAUGCAUAUGACUAUAAAACAAUUUCCAAAGAAAAUAGUUUAAACCCAUUGGUGCCUAGUUUUAUUCCUAGUAAAAGCACAAUGAGCAUGUCAAUUUCAUCUUCAUCAAUCAAUAGUCAAGAUUGGCAUGAUGCACUUUCAAAUACAGACUUUGAUGUAGAUUUAUUGAAUGCAAAACAAAAAGAAAUAGGAGCUGAAUACAAUUCAUGCAAUUCAGGGUCCAGUUCAUCUAAAUUAAUUGAGACUGAAAUAAAACCCAAAGAUAAAUUUAAAAGAAAGUAUGAAAAGGAUAAGUGUGAGAUACUUAAUUCAGUAUCUCAUAACAAUUCACCAUAUAAGAAUUCUAAAGACCUCAGUGUGACCAAGGAGCCAUUAAAACAAAAUUGUGAAGAAAUCCCGGAGCAUGAUGGCCCAAAUAAUACCGAUUCAUGCUUUGUCAUGUACGUUCAAGACCCGUCUGAGUUCUACAUUACCCUUUUAGGCAGUGAUACAAUUAUAUUAAUUGGUGAGCUGUUAGCAGAGUAUGCAAAAACGAGUAGAGAAAAUUAUAAAAAUAAAUUUGACGCAAAACAAGGUAUUGGAAAUUAUUGCAUUGCCUAUUCAGAAGAGUUCAAGUCUUGGAACAGGGCACAUAUUUUAGACUGGAAAAUGACUGAGCCACAUACUGUCAAUGUUCAAUUUGUUGAUCACGGGGAGUAUGCAACUGUUCCAUACACAUGUUUGAUGCCUAUUCCUGCAAUGUUUUGUGAAAUACCCAAACAAGCAAUUUGCUGUUCUCUGCUAAAUGUCAUUCCUGAUAAUAAUUUCGGGAAAUGGAGCAAGAGCGCAAUUAAAUACUUUGAAGAUAUAUGUUUUAAUAAUGGCAAAUAUGUUGAAAUUCGAAUGAUUUCUGUGGCUAAAAAAUGUCAUCGAAUUGAAGUCGAUUUCUUAAAAGAUGGCGAAGAUAUUACCUGUGCUGAAAGUUUGGUUUUAGCUGGGCAUGCACGAUAUAUCACAGAAAACGAUCAAGAUAGAACAUCAAUGAAGUUUAUGGUGGAACAAAUACAAUAUGCACAAGGAUUGUCGGGAAUUUCCGCGCAAGACGACGUAUCGAAAGCCCUUGAUAAGUUUUGUGAUUCAAGGACGGAAACGUAUGACACGUUAGCCGACGCCAUGUUGGGAUACAACGCUCAGGACGAUCUAAGGCUGUGCAAGUUUACUCGUCCUGAUGGUACUUGUUUUAAGGGUGCCAAAUGCAAAUUAAAACAUGUAAUGCGAAGAAAGGGCGGAAUUACAGUGGACACUGAAGAAGUGCUUGUUGUACCCGAUAAUACAUUCAUGCCCGACGUGAACGAUGUGCUCUCUGUAUACAUUACACAUUUCAAAACACCUUCACUUCUUUUCGGACAAAUUAAACAUCCAUCCAAUCGAUAUGGCGGUGUUAUGGAGGAAAUGUUUAAAUGCAUGAACAAAAAACAAGUGAUUAAUUCACUGGUAAAAUUUGAUUAUCCACCUGCUGUCAGCGAGUUAGUAAUAGCGAAAAACUUUGAUGAACAGUGGUAUCGUGCCAUGGUGCUAGAGAAUAAUGCUCAUGAGUCCACACAGUUUACACUCGUGCACGUUUUCUUCAUUGAUUUUGGCAAUGUUGCCGACGUGUUGCUGUUGAACGUUAGAAAAAUGAUACCUGGAUUUGUUCUUCAUCCGUGUCAGGCAUUUCGAUUCAGUAUUAGUAAUAUAAGGUCGUUAAGUGAUUACGAUCCAGAGGAUUUUAAAGAGUUUACUUUGCGCCACCUGUAUACUUCAGUAAAUGUCAGAGUAAAAUAUGCGGGUGAUGACUUUAUCAGUGGUAUUAUCACGGAUGCUAAAGGGAACGAUUUAGGCGAUGAGUUAAUAAAUAAUUAUUUCGCUGAACCAUAUUCGAGGGACGUUUAUCCCAUGCAGUCAAGUAAUAUUUUAGUACAUUAGUUUUAUACACCUUAAAUAAAUUUUAUUCAAAAUAA